CCGUGAUUGGCAGGCACUUACACUAUCAACAGUGAAGGAUUAGAGAGCACAGCAGAGACGACUCACUGACAGAACCGAGGGCACGAGUGGACCUAAAACUUUGCCAUCAACAUGUCCAAAGUAUUUAAGAAGACCAGUGGGAAUGGAACUAUUGCCUUGUACUUGGGGAAAAGGGACUUUGUGGACAAUGUGGAUUCAGUGGAAAUAGUUGAAGGGGUAGUUAAAGUGGAUCCUUCUGGUCUUAACGACAGAAAAGUGUAUGUCUAUCUUGCUUGUGCCUUCCGCUAUGGAAGUGAUGACUUGGAUGUCAUCGGACUGUCCUUCAGAAGGGACAUCUGGCUACAUCGCGUUCAGGUGUAUCCACCUACGGGUGGCAGCGAAGCUAAAUCCCCAAUGAUGGAAUCCCUCUUGAAAAAAGUUGGAGAGCAGGGGCACGCCUUUUCCUUCCAGAUGCCACCAAAUCUUCCAUGCUCAGUUUCCUUACAGCCUGGGCCAAAUGAUUCCGGCAAGGCUUGCGGUGUGGACUUUGAGAUUAAAGCAUACAUUGCCAACGCACCUGACAAUCCAGAUGAAGUCAUUGAAAAAAAGGAUACUUGUCGUCUGAUGAUUCGUAAAAUACAGUUCGCCCCAGCUAACAACAAGGCCGGAGCCAAGGCUGAUAUAGCCAAGCAGUUUAUGAUGAGUGACAAACCAGUGCACUUGGAGGCUUCCCUUGAAAAAGAGGUUUAUUACCAUGGAGAUCCAAUAACCGUUAAAGUGCAAAUCAACAAUGAAACCAACAAGACUGUGAAGAAAAUCAAAAUCUCAGUUGGCCAGCUCACAAGUGUGGUCCUCUACUCAUCUGACACUUACGUCAAGGAAGUCUGUGCUCAAGAGUUUGGAGAGACAGUAAAUGCCAACUCUACAUUUGAGAAGUCCUUCCAAGUAACCCCCCUACUUGCCAACAACAAAGAAAAGCGAGGUCUUGCAGUCGAUGGACGUCUAAAAGAUGAGGACACCAACUUAGCAUCCACAACGCUGAGUCAAGGAGAGAAGGAGAUGCAGGGAAUUAUUAUCUCCUACAAAGUCAAGGUCACUCUUACAGUUUCGAGUGGAGGCUUGCUGGGUGGUUUUACAGGAAGUGAUGUUGUCGUGGAACUUCCUGUGACACUGAUGUCCCCAAAGCCUGCAGGUGAGUUCUGUAUUGUGUGAACUGCUAGUGCCAACUAAAUUACCAUUAAAAUACUUCCUGAAAUAUCACUAAAAUUAGACAGUAGCUUUCUGUAACUGAUCUUACUGUCAUCUAUAUGCCAUGCUCUCCCCUUUACUGCGUGCCAUUACUGUGUACUGAGCAGAAGUGUAAGUAUAAAGUAUAAAAUAGUCUCUAUAAAAAGACGUGUAUUCACCUGUGGCAGUGAUAAUUGUAUAUGAUGUUCACUUUUGUUUCUCAUGAACAAUUAUGUGUUUUAUGAACCACAGCAAAUUGGAUUAAAUGCCUCUUUAGUUCAGGUCAGAUAUCACAGUUAACACCACGGAUGGUUGAAGCAGCCAGUCAAGGAAAAUCAUCUCUCAUGCAGAGAACACAGAACACAAGGGAACUCAUUGUCAGCAAAGAAAAGCACAAAAUGCUCAAAUUUCCCCUGUAUAUAUUCAAUUCUAUUAUAAAUAACUAUGAGAACUCAAUUACUGAGGGUCAGAAGUCUGUGUGAAAUUUCUGUGCGUGACAUCAUAGCACUGUAUAGAAUCCAACAGAUGUGUCCCACAAUAGAGUAGACCUUUCAAUACGUGUCAUUGGUAAUGAGGAUGCAGAGCUUGAUUUAACGUAAUCUUUAUUUUUAUGUCAUUAGAAAUUACAUGUUGAAAAAUGGUGAUUGAAUGAAAUGAGUGGAUAUUCUAAAAACACAAAUGUGACACUCUGUUAAGACAAUUAAGAGAAU